UUCCAUUAAGAAAAGAAAAAAAAAAAAAAGCUAAACAAUGGGGGAGAGAAUACUAAAAUACUAGAUGGAUAGGGGGUGUAUGUGUUUGUAAUGGUUAAAUACAUUAAUUUUUGAAGAAAAAAAGGAAAAAGGGAAUUGGAUUAUAAAUAGGUGAAUGGAUUGAAGAGGGUUUUCGUUUUUCUUUUUCAUCCAAUGUGAAUUUUUUAAUAUUUUUGAGAGGGGUAUGAAAGCUUUGCCGGGAAAGAUGGGAGGAAAGAAGUGCAUGGUGGUGCCGUUCGAGAUGCGAGCCUAUACCGAGAGAAAGGGAUCCUUCUUCGUACUUCUUCUUCUUCUCCUUUUGAUUCUCAUACUCCCCAUUAUUCAGAAUGUUACCCACCUCCGAUAAGUUCUUCUUCUCCUUUUUCUUCUUUGAUUUCUGUUUUGUUUUGUCGACUCUUUUGCAAAGUAGCCAUUGUUUCUGAGAUUUAUUCUUGAAGAACUGAAAUGGGUAUUUAUGGUUUUGAAUUUUCUGGUAUUUUGGACUGCCUCAGAAGUGCUGAUUUGAGAAUUUUGGGGGUUAACCGUUCUCACCCUAUUGUCUCGCUUGUUUUUUUGAGCUGGGUUAUGAUUUCCUGAUGCUUGAAUCGUUUCUCGGAUGCAUUCUUGACGAUUCAGGGAUUGGUUAGCGGGUCUUAUUUAGGGUUUCUGGCCAUUUCUGUUGUUGAUAUAGGUGAUUAGGAAAUCUGUUUCCUCCUAUCUGUUGAAACUGAAAGUUUUGAUUUUGUCAUCAAUCUACUAUUUGAUUUGAUGUAAAUGUAUGUGUUUUAUUAUUUUUUUUGUUGACUUAAGCCCCAGAGAUUUUUUCUGAUUCUCUACAAGGGUUUAUGCUUGUUUUAGUUGUUUUAUUAGGAAACACUCUGAAUUUCUCAGGACCCUUUCCUCUAAGGGAUUUAGAGGUUCUUCAUUUGUUUGUUUCGUCAUAUAGCAAAAACCCUGACGUUGUCCUUCGUCAAAUUCCUUGAAAACUCAGCACCCACCGUUUUUAUCGUGGGCUUGAUGCUUUUCAACUUGUUUUGGUGAAAAAAAAAAAAAAAAAAUUUUGGAAAUACAUAGAUUUGUGAUCAACUGUAAAAUUUUCUUUGUUGAUUUUUUUUUUUCUUUUCAUUUUUUCGGAAAAUAAGAAGACACUGUUUAGAAUAAGAAGAAGAAGAAGAAGAAACAUUUGUAACGGGUUUAGUUGCUGGGGAGACUGAUUGUUAUGCCUGGGAGCAGUUUCCUUCUAUGGGAAUACCUGAUAGUUCAUUUCUAGGUAUAAUAGGAAAAGUUAGAUCUUGGAUUCCUUGGGGAGGAAUUAAUUUUUCCGGUAUCUCGAGCGAAUUCUGGAUGCCUGACAACGGUUGCAGGAUGUGUUGUGAUUGUGGAAUGCGCCUAACAGAGUUCAGCCUUUGGUACCAUUGUCAAGGUUGUGGUCGGGUGUUGUGCGGGAAAUGUGCUCAGAUUGGUGUUUCUGUUGUAUCAGAUGGUUGGGAAAAUACCACCAGGGACUGGGGAGAAAUCAAAUACUGCAAAUUCUGCUUUGAGGCUACUGUUGGGCAUGAAGCUAGGAGGCAGUACAAUGAGAGAAUUGAUCAUUUGUCUACUCAGUGCAGUCCACAGCAGGAACUUCCUAGUUUAAGUAGUGAAAAUUUAAAUGGUGAAAGUAAUGGCAAGACCUUUCAGAGUGCUUGUCUCAUGCGCUUUCUUGAAGCAAAUAGUCAUGGUUCUUCUCCCCAUGCAGUCACUACCAGAAGUAUGGGGUCAUCCAUUAGGCACCUGUCUCCAGUUUCUUUCCUCUGCUCUUCUAGCAGGAGUGACGAGGAAGAUGGAGAGGAUUCUGGGAAGCAUUUUUUGAGUCCUUCAAGUGAAUACUGCCAAGAUGUUUCUGAUGUAGAUUCAAGUAGUGUUAGUGCUAGAUAUGAGUUUUACAGCGUCAAGUCAGUGGGUUCAAGUCCGCUGGGCAGCCCUUAUAGAAUGACUUGCACUCCUAGAGCAGGCUACUCUGUACAGCAGGAGCAAAUGGGAAGUCCAGAGUAUCAGAAUGGUGCUUCCCUUGAUCAAGUCACUAUGGCUGUUUUAAGAAGGCCAGAGACAGAAUCUGAGGACAUAGAAACCACUGAUGAUUGCUCUGAUGAACUAUCGAUAUUCCAGGAACAGUGUGACAAAAUACAACAGCCGUUAGAUUUUGAAAAUAAUGUUCUCAUUUGGUUUCCUCCUCCGGCUGAUGAUGAAGAGCAUGAGUUGGAGAACAAUUUCUUUGAAUAUGAUGAUGAGGAUGAUGAUCUUGGAGAGUCAGGUGCUAUGUUCUCAUCUAGUAGCCUUAACAGUGAUGCGUUCCCAGUUAGGGAGAAACUACAUGAUGAACAGAAGGAACCUCUUAGGGCUGUGAUACGUGGGCAUUUUAGAGCUCUCGUAUUCCAGCUGUUACAGGGGGAAGGCAUCCAUGUAGGAAAUGACAAUGGUGGGGAAAAUUGGCUGGACAUAGUUACAUCAGUUGCAUGGCAAGCUGCCAAUUUUGUGAAACCAGAUACAAGCAGGGGAGGCAGUAUGGAUCCUGGUGAUUAUGUAAAGGUUAAGUGUGUAGUAUCAGGAAGUCCAAGUGAAAGCACCCUUAUUAAGGGAGUAGUUUGUACAAAAAAUAUAAAACAUAAGCGCAUGACAUCGCAAUACAAGAACCCUAGGUUACUUCUAUUGGGUGGAGCAUUAGAGUACCAAAGAGUUCCAAAUCAAUUGGCAUCUAUUGAAACUUUACUCCAGCAGGAAAUUGAUCAUCUCAAGAUGGCUGUUUCAAAGAUAGAGGCCCAUCGCCCUAAUGUUCUGCUGGUAGAGAAAAGCGUGUCGUCACAUGCUCAGGAAUAUCUUCUGGCAAAGGAAAUUUCUUUAGUGUUGAAUGUAAAGAGGCCAUUGUUGGAAUGCAUAGCCAGGUGUACUGGUGCUCUUAUUGUUCCAUCAAUUGAUAAUCUUCCCAAAGCACGAUUGGGGCAUUGUGAAAAUUUUCAUUUGGAGAGAGUUUCUGAAGAAUGCACGGCUUCAAGUCAGCCCAAUAAGAAAUCAUUUAAGACCUUGAUGUUUUUUGAAGGUUGUCCAAGGCGUUUGGGUUGCACGGUCCUUUUGAAGGGCACAUGUCGUGAAGAACUAAAGAAGGUUAAACAUGUAGUUCAUUAUGCAGUAUUUGCAGCCUAUCAUUUGUCUCUGGAGACCUCUUUCCUUGCUGAUGAGGGUGCAAGUCUGCCUAAGAUGCCCCUAAAAUCCCCAGUUGCAAUACCAGAGAGAAUGGACACAGCUGAUCAUGCAAUUUCUGGUUCAAAAAUUUCUACUGUUUUCCAGGACCUAACCAAUGAAUGCCAACGUGUGGAUGCAUGCGACCCAGUAGGGCCGUCAUCUUAUAAUCCAACUAUAAAUGUCCCAACUCGAAAUGAGGGACUCACAAGUCUUUUGACAGAGUCUAAAUCUAUACGUGAGCAUCUUAAUACUGCUCAUAUGUCUUCCUCCUCACCUAGCACUAUUGACCUUAGGGUUGGAAUGGAACUCCCUGAUUCACACAGUGAGCAUUCAGCCCCACAUGUUGCUAAGCAACCGUGUGGCCAGAUGCAAUAUGAUGACUUACAGGAUUCUGAUGUGCUUCGUUUCAAAAUCGGAAGUCAUUCUCAACAGGACUUGCUGGAAACCUUCCUUCAAGAGAAUGCCAUGACGGUAAGAAAUCAAAAGCAGCUUGAAGGAGUCCAUGAUCUCAUGAAAUCUGACAUGGUUGGUGGGAAUGAGGUGACACAGGAAUAUUUCUCAGCUGUCGACAAUCAUGAAAGUAUAUUGGUUUCCUUUUCUAGUCGGUGUGUGCUGAAAGGAACAGUGUGUGUACGCUCUCAGCUCUUGCGUAUUAAGUUUUAUGGCAGUUUUGAUAAGCCCCUUGGGAGGUUUCUUCGUAAUGAUUUGUUUGAUCAGGCAUCCUUCUGCCGGGCUUGUAAUGAGCCUUCGGAAGCCCAUGUUCUAUGCUAUACUCACCAGCAAGGCAAUCUCACAAUAAAUGUUAAGAGCCUUCCAUCACUGAAGUUACCCGGAGAGCGUGAUGGAAAGAUCUGGAUGUGGCACCGAUGCCUCAAGUGUGCUCAUGAGGAUGGAGUUCCACCUGCAACUCCUAGAGUGGUUAUGUCAGAUGCUGCAUGGGGGCUUUCUUUUGGAAAAUUUUUGGAGCUUAGCUUUUCAAAUAAUGCAACUGCUAAUCGUGUUGCAAGCUGUGGUCAUUCUCUUCAGAGGGACUGCCUUCGUUUCUAUGGAUUUGGAAGCAUGGUUGCUUUCUUCCGUUAUUCCCCUAUUGAUAUCCUCUCUGUUCGCUUACCUCCCUCAGUUCUGGAAUUCAAUGGCCACAUUCAACAGAGAUGGGUCCAGAAAGAGGCAGAAGAGCUUUCCAAGAAAAAGGAUUCACUAUAUGCAGAGAUAUUUGAUGUACUUCAAAGCAUUGAAAAGAAAAGUACAUCUAUUGGACAUGAACCUACAGAUAUGGCUGUAUUUCAUAAUCGUGUUAUGGAGUUGACAGAGCUUCUGAGUAAAGAGAAAAAUGAAUAUGAUAGUCUGCUACAACCAUCCAGCAUAUGGGAUCAGCACCCAGGUCUGGCAUCAGUAGACAUUUUAGAACUUAACCGUCUGAGACGCUGCCUCCUAAUUGAUUCUGUUGUUUGGGAUUGCCAACUAUGUUCUUUGGACUCACUUCUUGGAACAAAGAGUUCAGUUUCAAAGUCUGAUUCUUCUACUCAAGAGGCUGCCACUUACGCCAAAUUGAGAGAGUGGAGAAUCGAACUCAGCUCUCAUCAUGAAGAAAAUAAGUUGGAGCAGUUGGAAGAGCCCAAUUUGCAACACCAGGAGCCUGGCUCAGAUCGACUGGCCAAGGUGGAUUCAUUGACAGUAGCGUCUAUUGAAGGUGAACAUCUUGCAGGCCUUGGUUUUACCACGGUCUCUCGUCACCAGCCACAGGACAUACGAGUAGAUGUAGUUCCAGUUGAGAAUACAUCCUUGGAGAGUCUCCCUUCUGCUUCUAAUCUUUCUGAUAAAAUAGAUUCAGCAUGGACAGGCACAGGACAACCGCCAGAUGGGAACCAAGUUGGUUCAAUUGGGCUUAUAAAUCAGAGGAAUCAUUUAUCUUUUGUAAGGCUCAUGUCUCCAGUGAGAGUAUAUUCAUUUGAUUCUGCACUUAGAAUCCAAGAUAGAAUACGAAAAGGACAGAGCUCGUCCCAUUUGUCCUCACUAAGGUCUUAUCAUGCUUCUGGAGAUUACAGAAAUGUGGUUAGAAAUCCUGUUGCUAAAAUGCGAAGGGCCUAUUCUCAUGUCUCACCAAGGGAGAUCAAGAAAUUAAAUAUCUUCAAUCCCUCCCCCUUUUUCAUAUCCUCAGCUUCAUUUCUGGCUAGUGAUGGAGUCAGAUUAUUACUUCCACAAACAGGCCAGAAUGACAUUGUUGUUGCUGUUUAUGACGAGGAACCCACUAGUGUGAUUUCCUAUGCUCUUGUUUCUAAGGACUAUGAGGAAUGGAUGACUAAAUUGGAUGAACAUGGAGGAUGGAGUGCAAAUGAGAACAGCAGAGAGGGCGCAGAUUCUACAUUUUCAGGUUGGCAAUCCUUUCGUUCGUUAGACUCGGAUGACAUCCGCCGUCGCAGUUAUGGGUCUGAUGAUGUAUCAUCAACAAAAGGGGGCCUGUUCUCCGAUCCCAAGAGAUCUCCUCAUAUCAAGAUUUCUUUUGAGGAUGAGUCAUCUUCCAUGGGCAAAGCGAAAUUCUCAGUGACCUGUUAUUUUGCAAAGCAAUUUGAUGCUCUUAGGAAGAAAUGCUGCCCUAGUGAAGUGGAUUUCAUACGCUCACUUAGCCGCUGCAGACGAUGGAGUGCUCAGGGUGGAAAGAGCAAUGCGUAUUUUGCGAAGUCAUUGGAUGAGAGGUUCAUUAUAAAACAAGUCAGUAAGACAGAGUUGGAUUCUUUUGAGGAAUUUGCACCGGAGUACUUCAAAUAUUUGUCAGAUUCUCUUACUUCAAGAAGCCCAACUUGUCUUGCUCAAGUUCUUGGUAUUUAUCAGGUCACUGUCAAGCAUUUGAAAGGCGGUAGGGAGACAAAAAUGGAUUUAAUAGUGAUGGAGAAUCUCUUCUUCCAGAGAAAUAUUUCAAGGGUGUAUGAUCUGAAGGGCUCUUCUCGAUCUCGCUACAAUCCUGAUACAACAGGGAAGAACAAUGUGCUGCUGGAUAUGAAUCUGUUGGAAGCAUUACGCACAAAACCCAUACUUCUUGGGAGCAAGGCCAAGAGAAGCCUAGAGAGAGCGGUUUGGAAUGAUACAUCCUUUCUAGCGUCAGUCGAUGUGAUGGAUUAUUCUUUGCUGGUUGGGGUGGAUGAGGAGAGGAAGGAACUGGUUUUAGGGAUCAUUGAUUUCAUGAGGCAAUAUACAUGGGAUAAGCAUCUGGAGACUUGGGUGAAGGCAUCAGGUAUCCUUGGAGGUCCCAAAAAUGCAUCCCCAACUGUAAUCUCUCCACAGCAGUACAAGAAAAGGUUCAGAAAAGCAAUGUCCACAUACUUUCUUACAGUGCCUGACCAAUGGUCCCCUUGAUCAUAUAUUUUUUCUCCAUCACAACAAUGAGCUGUUGGUGGAUAACACUAGCGGAUAGUUGUCAUUGUUAUGGUUCUAAUCAACUACCCCUAGCAAAAAGGGUGGGUUCGGGCAUUUUAUACCGAUUUUGCCCUCGUUCAUUACAUCUUUCUUCACUUGCCUUGGGUCAUUAUUUUUCUUCUUCUUCUCAUCUCUUUUUUUCUUAUGUCAAUAUAUCAAAUAUGAGUUUGGAUCAUGAUUAUCUGCUUCAGCUGAUGAUAUCUGCAUCGCUUUAUAAUCUUGUAGAUCUACUUGGAAUUCUUCAUGUUUACAUCCAUAAAUGUAAUUCUCCUAUGGUCCACACUUUGAUCACAA